AUGACAGAAAAGGAAACUGUCGUCGAUCAAGAUUGGCAUGCAAAAUCCAUCGACCAAGUGGUGGAUCAUUUCCAAACUUCACUGGAAAAUGGUCUUUCAACAAAUGAAAUCACAUCAAGGCACAUUACAUACGGCUUCAAUGAACUAUCCGCUGAUGGAGGUCCUACAUGGCUUAAAGUCUUGAUUGGACAAUUAUUAGAUGUGAUGAAUUGGAUCUUUAUUGCUCUGGCCAUUGCUUCUUAUUGUCUAGCUGAUUACAUUACUGGAUCACUGUUGAUGUUUAUCGCAUUGCUCAACCUGUAUCUCGGCUUCUCUCAAGAAUAUGCUGCUGAACAAACAUUAGCUGCUCUUCGUAAUCUCUCAUCUCCCAUGGCUGAUGUCAUUCGUGAUGGUAAUGAGCAAUCAAUUCCUAGUCGGGAGAUCGUGCCUGGUGAUAUUUUGCUCGUAAAGGAAGGUGACUCGGUCGGUGCUGAUGCAAGAUUAGUCUAUGUGUCAAAUCUCGAAGCCGAUGAGGCAUUGUUGACUGGUGAAUCUGUGCCUGUUGCUAAACAAUUGGUCGUUCUCGAGAGGCCUGAUGAGCCAUUAGGUGAUCGUAUCAACAUGCUUUACUCUUCCACCAUCAUUUCCAAAGGCAGAGGCAAAGCCAUUGUCACUUCCACCGGCAUGCAUACUGAGAUUGGUAAAGUCGCUUCCAAGCUGAACGAUGCUAGUGACUCUGAUCGCACUCGUCUGCAAAAGAGUUUGGAUAAAAUGUACUUUAUUUUGCUGGUUGCUUCUGUUAUUUGCGUCAUUAUUGUGUUGGCCUCUGUCAAGUUCCAAGCUGAUUAUGACACUGGCAUGUACGCCAUGACAGCUGCGCUCUCUGUUCUUCCUGCUGGUCUCACAACAGUAAUGACAGUGACAUUGGUCUUGGGUGGCAAAGAGAUGACUCGUCAAAAGGCCAUUGUCCGCAAACUCAAGUGUCUGGAAACACUGGGCUCUGUCACCAACAUUUUCUCUGAUAAAACCGGUACCUUGACCAUGGCCAAGAUGGUGGUGGUUCGUUUCUGGACUCCUGUUCAUGGCUUCUUUUACGUUACUCCCAACGGCCUUGCUCCCAAGGGUGAUGUCUAUUGCACACACGACAAGUUGACUGAUAAGAUCAGCGAUGAUGUGGACGCUGAGCUCAUUGACAAGACCAAUCUUUCUCCUGAUUUAACUCAUUUAGUGCAUUGUGCUGCUCUCUGUAACAUGUCUAGUAUCUACCAGCGUGACGAGAAGGACGUGGCGAUUGACGAUGAGAAGAAGGUCCCUGAAAUGGAUAACGAAGCCACUGAAUCAGACGAUUGGAUUGCUAGCGGUGCUCCUACUGAAGUGGCUCUUCAAGUGUUUGCUCACAAGUUUGGUAUGGGCAAACCUGAUCUGGAGAACAGUGGCUGGGAGUUGCUUGCCGAAUACCAAUUUGACUCUACCAUAAAGCGUAUGACCACUAUCUGUUUGGACAAGAACACUGGCUUGAUCUAUGCCUUUACUAAGGGUGCUGCUGAACGUGUGAUUCAACUCUGUAGCAACAUGUCUACUGAGGCUGAUCGUGCACCUGUGUUGGACAACGUCAAUGUGUUGGCUGCCAAAGGUCUUCGUGUGAUGGCCAUGUCUUACCGCAAACUGGAUUUGCCCUCCGAUGUCACUGCUGAAGAGUUGCAACAAGGUUCUCGUGAUGAUAUUGAACGUGAUUUGACCUUCUUGGCCAUCUGUGGUAUUUAUGAUCCCCCUAGAAAGGAAUCUAGACAAGCUGUGCGCGAAGCUCAUCGUGCUGGUAUCUCUGUCCACAUGCUGACUGGUGAUCAUGAAAUUACUGCUACUGCUAUUGCCAAGGAAAUCGACAUUCUCAGCAAGAGCCUUUCUGACGAUGAUCUCAAGCGUCUUGUCAUGACAGGUACUGCCUUUGAUGCCAUGUCAGAUGAAGCUAUUGAUGCUCUCACUGAUUUGCCUCUGGUCGUUGCUCGUUGCUCUCCUGAAACCAAGGUCAAAAUGAUUCAAGCCUCUGCUCGUCGCAACAACAUUGCUGCCAUGACAGGUGAUGGUGUCAAUGACUCUCCCUCGCUUCGUAUUGCUGACGUUGGUAUCUCUAUGGGUAAAAAUGGCAGUGAUGUCGCUAAGCAAGCUUCUGAUAUCAUCUUGACCGACGACAACUUUGCUACCAUCAUCCGUGCUAUUGCUGAAGGCCGUCGCAUCUAUCAAAACAUGCAGCGUUUCCUCUUGUACUACUGGAUCUUGUUGUUCGGUUUGGCUAUCGUCGUUCUGGUCUGUCUGGCUAUUCGUGACCCUGCUGGUCGCAGUGCUGCUCCCAUGUCUACUCUUCAAAUGAUCUACAUCUACAUUGCCAUUACGCCUCCUGCUGGCUCGCUGAGUACCCAACCUGCCUCAAAGACUGUCAUGAAGGAGCCUCCUCGUCCUCCUACUGAAAGCAUCUUUAACCGUGAAAUUAUUAUGGAUACCGUUGCUUACUCACUCGGUGUUACUAUUGUCUGUUUGGUUGCUUUCCUGGUCCCUCUUUACACCAUUGGUGAUGGCGUAGGUGGUGUGAACUGUGAUUCAGACUAUGUUGCUGGUGCUUGUGAUUCCUUCUAUAGAGGUCGUGCUUCUCUCUUGGUCUCAUUCACCCUCGCUUCUUUGGUUAUAAUGGUCCACUGCAGAUCUUACCGUAACAUUGAAUGGAAUGUUGCAGGUAUCCGUGAAACUCUUCGCUCCAAAACUUUUGUUGGUACCUUUAUCUAUGACAUUGUUACCUUGGUUCUCUUCAUCUAUAUUCCUGCUGUUGCCAUUCAAGGUUUCAGAAUGACGGCUAUUACUUGGGAGUGGGGUUUGGACAUGGGUCUUGUACUCUUUAUCAUUCUUUAUGGUGAGAUCUUCAAGUGGGGCAAGCGUACCUUCUUGAAGCCUAUGGAUUCUGGUGCAGUUGAUUUUGAUGAUGAAGACGGUGAUAAUAACACUAUCAAGAACAGCUAA